AUGUCUCAAGUUCGUAGAUCAAGCAGGAUUCAUAGUCGAUCUAUCGAAGAACGAGACACAGAAGAAGGGCGCGUCGGGGAAGUUCAAACGGAUGGUGAAACAACUGUGCAGGGAAUCCUGAGUGAUGAGAGUGACAACGAAGCUAACGACGACGAUUCAGAGUAUGAAGAACCAUCUCAAAGGAAGAAAAGGAAAAUAAACUCCAAGUCCGGGGACAGAGCGGUUAAGAAAGCUAAGAAUAGUGCCAAUGAACGAUCAAAUAGGAUGAAUGUAAAAGCAAAUUCACGGAAAGACAAGGAAGAGCUGGAGCGAAUUUCGAAAGACUUUGAAGCAACGGAGCUAUUUGAGAUCUUAGCAACCUCAGAAGACUACUCUGUUGAUGAAUUAUUGAGAGACUGGCUAGGAACCUACAUCGAAAACCGAGAUCAAUUUUUGCAGGAAUUCAUCAAUUUACUUCUUUGUUGUACUGGUGCAAUUGCUCGGGUGGAAAAUCACGAUGUUCAUAGCAACGAGUCAUCGAAUGAAACUAUUGGGGAAGUUCAGUUGAUGUUUCAAAGACAACAUAUUCAUGAAUUUCAUCUCUUGAUUAGCAAAAAGAAUAAAAAAAGAUCUAAAUAUCAACCAUUGUAUGAGAAUUUCGUAGAGUUCAUGUCUCGCCUGAUGGAAUCCGCUAAUGAGCUGCAAUUGCUAUACUGUGAAUCUACGGAAGUAGAUGGUCUGAUAUCCACUAGUCCAUUGGUGCUUGACUUAUUGACGUGGCUUUCUGCUCUAUCAGUUUGUAAACUAAGAGCACUAAGAUAUGUUUCAACAUUAACAUUGUACCUAUUUCAAGAUUUCUUAACCGAACAUGUUGUGGACCUGGAGAGGAAUUAUUUAUCAAAACUUUCCAAACAGCUGGCUGUGGAACAAAGAAAGAAGCGUUCAAAUACUAAAACAAUAGAAAAAUUGGAAUCCGCUAUUGAGGAAGUUCAAAGCAGUAAAAUGGUUACACAGAAUAUAAUUGAUAACAUUAUAAAAGUUUGCUUUGUUCACAGAUUUAAAGAUGUCGACGAUACACUAAGAUGCAUGUCAAUGAUUCAUUUAUCAACAUGGAUCAGAAACUAUCCUGAGUAUUUCCUCAAAGUUACUUUUUUAAAAUAUUUUGGAUGGCUACUAAGUGACUCCUCUGCUGAAGUAAGAAUGCAUGUCUUAAGGGUUCUGCCACAAAUUAUAACAAGAGAUCAUAAUAAAGCUGUGGAUAACUCAGCUAUUCGCCAGUUUUUUGAAAGGUUUAAGGAAAGGUUACUUGAAAUAGCAUCAAAAGAUGAAAAUCUUGAAGUCAGAAUGAAUGCAGUAAAUGUACUUAUCGAAGUGGUUACAUUAGGCUAUCUGGAAGAACACGAAAAUCUACAAAUUACAAGCCUAAUAUUCGAUGAUAAUCAGAUAAAGGUGACUUCAUAUAGUAAACAUUCAAGAUUAUUAGGUUCGUUGGCAAAAUUUUUUUCUCAAGUCGUUAUCGAAAGAUGUGAAGAAUUUACGAAGAAUCAUGAUAUUAUCGAUGAAACUAUAUAUGGCAUUCGAGCUGCCUCCGCUAUCAAAAUAGGUAUAUUGGCAAGUCUUCUAAAUCAAUCGCUAUUAAUCAAUUUUCAAAAAGAGGAAGGUCUGGAUUCGGAAGCCAAAAUUGCUGCACUAUAUCAAGCGUCUGAGUUUUUGUAUCCUUAUUUCAGCUCUUUACUGCAAGAUCUUUGCCAGCUUCUUAGUUACGAUGGAGAGUAUGAUCAUCCAGAUUUACUGGACAAUAGUGAGAAUAUUCACGAGAAUGAUGAGAGCUAUUUAAAAUUAUUGCUACCCAAUGACAGCAAUAAUAUAAUAUUAUAUGUGACCACGCUGAAUGGCCUAUGUUGUGGCGGAGUGAAUAUGAAAAAUCAGCCGAAGUUGAAGGUUGCAAAGAUCAUUUUGCCACAACUGGAUAUACUUUUCAGCCAAUUACCGCUGCAUUCCAGUAAUGUCCUGUCAUCAGUUAUGAGAAUCUUUAAUUUGUUUACUUUCGAAGACUGGAUCCAAUCAGGCCAUGAAAAAAGCAUUGUACAUAUUGCUAAAAGAAUUGUACGAGCAUUCAUCGAGACAAGGCUAAGUUCCAAACCUACUGACACAAAAUUCAAAGCGUUCUCUGAAACUAUUCAGGUAAUCCACAGUAUGAAUCUGAUCGAGUUAGAUGAGCUGUGGCUGAAUCAGAUUACACAUCUGAAAAUUCAAUUGAGUAAAUACUUGGAUGAGUACAUGGCUUUACCAAGAGGGGCAACUAAUGUGAAUGAAAGAAUUGAUACACUUUACACAAUGUUCAUUAACAAGCUCGGCCUUCUGGGAAAAACUUAUCCCAUUGAAUUUGAUAAUGCAUUGCUGAGUAAAUUAUUAAUAGACCAUAUCUCGAAAAUUCCAGACCAAAUAAAUCAAUAUGAACAAGAUAUUAUUGAACUGAUAAACUUCAAACUAUUGACAUUGCUUAUAACCUGUCAGCUUCAGAAGUGGACAGACAUAUUUGAAAAGGCUACAUCAACCGAAAGCAUACCUCAUGUCCCCCUUCCAGUGUUGCAAUCUAUAGCUAAAAUUUUAAGUGUGAUGAACUCCACUUUACUAGAACUACAUGGUAAAGCAGAAAUGUCAUCUUCUAGAUUCCUAUUAACGUGGCAACUUGUAAACUCAUUCAUUGACAAUGUUGUUGCGCUUAACGUAAUCGAAUUACGUCUACCAGAAGUCGCUCGUUCAUGGACUCGUGCAUUUAAAGAGAUAUUCCCACCUUAUUUGCCAAGUGAGACACAGUUUGUAAUUUCGCAAGUCUUUUUGUAUCUGGAAAGUCUGUUCGCCAAGGAAAUUAACGUUCCUCUAGAUAGAUUUGCUGAGGAAGAAGUUUAUUUUAAUGAUAUCAAAGAAGAUGUCUUCGGUGAUGAGAGUGAGCGACAACUGUUAGUAUUUCUGCUUAAAUUGAAGGGCCUAUCAAGGUUAGGAUUGUUGGGAGAUGAAGAGUAUUCAAGAAUUAAACUGAAUAAAGGAAAACUAGGUCCUCUAUAUGAAAGCAUUGUGGAUGAUACGUUCUUUCAAGAGGGAAAGAAAACUGAAAGACAGUUAAAGAAUCAUUUGCAACCUGCACAAAAACUGCUGUCAAUCAACGAAGAAUCCGCGGCAGAAGAGAUGUAUUCCGAUGUUGAUAUGCUACAGAACGAUCCUAUCGUUGAUUCAGAAAUAUAA